ACUCAGAAAAGCAGUUAAGAAAACACAGGUAAAAUCCCUAAAGUAAGACCCCACGCACUUGUGUCUUCUGCUUACCUCGCUCGCUGCCGCUGCUCCCGGGUAUCUAACAGUAUGGAUAGUGGAGCUCCUACGGUGCACUUGAAUCAAUGCCAAAUGCCUUCCUGCAAAUCUAGUGCGAAAAAUGAGGAGCUUUGCGUUAACAAGGUGAAUAUACAGGUAGUUGAGCAACCGGUAGUUGUUGAAGGUGAAGGGAGAGGUUCUCUAGGGCCUAAAACUCCGAUUGUUAGCAGAGAUAACGGAUGUGACUGUAAUUCUCCUCUCACAGUGGUAAACAAAAUGCCAAACAUCUCUUCCGAUGAUUCUCUUUGCAAAAUAACCACAGAUGUCUCUCUUCUGAUUGAUCAGAGCAGUCCUCGAACUCCCAAAGAAAGCGUAUUUGAUCCAUUUGCACCUGGCCCGGAAGACAAGGUCUUGGCUCCCAUCUGUAACAAAUAUGCUGAUGCAAUGAGGAUUAGUGUUGCACGUUGCCUAAGCUUCGAUUCUCUGCUCCAAGUUAGAAAAGAUUUAAGUCGCCCUUUUGAUGUGGAAUCCCUUUCAGAUGAAGAGAUGUUCGAAUCAGUUUAUGAGAAUCUCUUAGAAGCUAUUGUUUCCACACAGACAGAAGCUGCUCUUGCUGAAAUUUCUAUUGUAAAUUUGGAUGCUGAUACUUGUAAUACGCCUCUGCAUUCAACUCCCCUGAGUGGCAUCGCUGAUACUUGUCCUGGAGCUCCCUUGAAACUUGCUGGGAAAUCUAGAAAAAUUGACUUGGGAUUGUGCAAAAAGCUUGAGUUCUGACCGUACUGGAACAUUGAUAUGGAGUUCAUGUCUCCACAAGCAGAAAGCUAUACAGUGAAGCUGGUAACUAAUUUUGUAUUUGUGCUAAUAUUAAUAUCCUAACAUUUCUGCCUCUAAUUUAGGACUCAUGGAUCCGCCAGAAAUUGUUUUGACAUGGAAUGAUUGUCUGUUACCAAGUUUGUUGUCUAGGUAGUGAUAUAGUUCCAUUGUAUAGCAUUUGAUAAAAUAAUUACAUUUGAAUUUUUGCGAACACGUCGUUCUCGGUUUUUAAGUGUGGCAAUAAUUACUUUCUGAUCUUUUUUGCUCCCUUCCGCACCGUGCCCCAAGUAAAAGAGAAAAUCUGCAUCUUAUAUGUGCUACGUUUAGUCAUAUAUCCAAAUUUAUCUGUAUCUUGUCAUUUUUGUCGACAUUGUUUGGCUGCCGAAGUAAAAGAACAAUCUCAUAUUAGAUGUUA